CUGCGAGAGCCGUGCGCAGUUUGAUCUCAGCGAUCUCCAGCGUGUAUUCCCACACCGGGAAUCUCAGUGAGUCCAGCACAGCGUCACACCCGUACCCCGCCGCUCCCUCCAGUUCUGUGAAGAGUCAUAAGGACCUGCUGAAUUUUUCCAGGUUGGCUAUCAGCUAAAGGUUUUGUAUACGGAUGUAAUGAAUAAGGAAAAUCUCUACAGUCUUCAGAAAGAUGCCAGCAGGGGAAAGUGAAGCCAAGGCAAAGACUAAAGCUCAGUUUGAAGAGGUGUUCAAAAACUAUUCUGGUUUAGCUAUUGAGAAAAAGAAAUCCAAAAAGAAAAGUAUACCUUCCCAAGAAAAUAUUGUGCUUGAAAAAUUAAGGAAUAAACUUGGCCUAGAUAAAGACAAUGAAGGUGAAGAAACUAUUUUGAAUAACACGUAUAACCCAGAGGAGCAAAGUCCCUGCUUCUCAAAAAACAAACUGAAUGAAAGGACCUCUGUGGCAGAAAAAGUUAACAAUGAUGAGCUCUGUGAAGAUGAAAUCCGCCCCCAAAAAAGCAAAAAGAAGAAAAAGAAAUUGAUAAUUGAAGAACACUCUUUUGUCGAGGAAGCUGCUGCUCCUGAAUCUAUAACAACUCUACCAAGGUCUAAGAAAAAGAGGCCAAAAAGUGUUUUGGGAGAGGAUGACCAUAUUGAGAAUGUGUUAAAGAGUGAUUUAGGAGAGGAUGUGGAUUCCCUCAUCCAAGCUUAUCAGCAGCAUUUAGCUGCCAAAGAUGCAGGACGUAGCAAAAAGAAAACCAAGAAUAUCCGGGAGCGUUCACAAGAAACGUUUUCACAUGUGUCUUCAAUGUUAACCAAGAAAUUGGAUAAGAAGAAAACGCCAAAAGAGUUAUCAUUGACAAAUGAGGCAGAAACGAGUGAAAUGCACCUUUCAGAGCUGCAGAAUAGCCAGGAAGAAACUAAUCGUAAAGAGAAGAUUCCUGACAGAAAAUUGAUUUCUGGGUUAGAAGAAAAUGAAGAAAAAUGCAGAUAUGAGGAAGAGGAGAAACAACAAACAGCAAAAAGAAAGAAGACCAAGAAAACUAAAAAAGCAGGAGCAGAGGAAAUGGAGAUCAAAGAAGAGAUAAUGCAAGGAUAUCCUAAAGCUGAAGAAACUACUCCUGAGUUAGAGACUGAAGUUCAGCAGCAGAAGCGAAAGUACUUGACUGAUGACAACCUGGUCCUCGGUGUAUAUAUCCACAGAGCAGACCUAUUGAAAACAGAUAUUCUGACGUCACAUCCCUCAGUGAAAGUUCAUGUUGUUGAUGAAGUGUCGGGGCAAUAUAUAAAGAAAGAACACAGCAAUCGACCUGUCACUUCAUAUUAUGAGCAAGAGAACCUGGAGCACAUCCUUCCCAUAAUGACACAGCCGUAUGAUUUUAGGAAAAAAAAGUCGCCAAUUCCAGCAUGGGAGGAGCAAAUUAUCUUCAAUGAACGAUUUGGUUACUUUCUUCAAGAAUUCUUGGAUUCACCUUGUAGCCUUCUGUUCUUUGAGAUCCUUGAAUUUGUAAGUAUGGAUGAAGCUAAAGUCAACUAUGCAACUCAAAGUAGUGAAGGUGGUUGGCGGAAAAUAGCCUGGGCAUUUCUAAAGUUGGUAGGUGCUAAUGGAGUGUUGAACAUUGAUCGAAAACUGCGUCUACAGUUGUAUUAUCCAACUGCAAAAGUCAAGAAGCUUUCCAAUUCCAUUGAAGUGUUUGAAUGGUGGAAGAAACGCCCUUGGAAUCAUUAUCCUUCAACAUUGUACAUUACAGUGAAAGGCUUAAGGUUACCACAAAACGUGAAUCCUUCUGUACGUUCCAUGAUGGCUACUCAACGAGAACAAGGUACUAUUUCAUACGAUGAGCUUCAAACUGAGUUGGUACAAAGAGCUGUUUCAUCAAAUAUAGAUUACCAGAAGUUGGAUCUUUUGAAAUGGACCAGACUACCUGGGCAGGUUUGUCGUAUUCCUAACCAGCUUUUGCUGUCAUUUCGAGGAGGACAGAUAGGAUGCUUCUUUAUUGAAUUUUCUCAUGAUGGAAGAAGUUUGGCAGCAUCAUGUGCUGACCGGAAUGGCCAUUUCAUUGUAGUUUACGAAAUUCCUUCUGGGCAUCUAUUAGGAGAAUUCAAUGGACAUUUUAACAUUGUGUACUCUCUGUGCUGGUCGAAUGAUGAUAAAACUCUUCUCUCGGCAUCAUCGGAUGGUACAGUAAGGGUUUGGAAUACAGAAAACUAUCAGAGCCCAGCUGAAAAAAUCCUUCCACAUCCUUCAUUUAUCUAUACUGCAAAAUAUCAUCCAUUUGUGCAAUACCUCGUAGUUACAGGAGGUUAUGACUCUAUUAUCCGUGUCUGGAAUAUAAAUGUGAAUGAAGCGAAUGGUCAGUUGCUCCAGGAACUUGAUGGCCACAAAAGCUUCAUUAACAUUCUUUGCUUUGAUGCUGAAGGGCUGCGCAUGUUCUCGGGAGACAGUUCAGGACUCGUCAUUAUUUGGAGCACUUUUGUAAAUCAAGGUUCACAGCAAAACUUGGCUCAGGAGUGGACUAUUGCUGAGAACAUAAUGCAGAAUGAUCUAAAAGGUGUUCCUAUAAAUCACCUGGAAGUUCACCCAAAUGGCAGACGUCUACUAAUCCAUGCCAGAGACAGCACACUGAGAGUGAUGGACCUAAGAGUAUUAGCUGCAAAGAAGUAUACAGGGGCAACAAAUUACCGUGAACAGCUGUACAGUACAUUCACGCCAUGUGGGACUUUUCUUUUUUCUGGCAGUGAAGAUGGAAUAUGUUAUGUUUGGAAUUCAGAGACAGGUGACCAAGUCGCAAUGUAUUCUGAUCUUAAUUACACAUCAGCCGUCCGUGGUGUAGCCUUUCAUCCUCAUGAACACAUGGUGGCUUUUUGUGCCUUUGGACCGAACCAACCUAUACUUGUCUUUGUGUAUGAUCAGAAAGUUGCUCAAAUGGAAGCUGAGACUAUGAAAGAAGUGUGUAAAGCAAAUUUGAAGCCUGGAACUACGUCUACACCAAAAGGACCCAAGAUUUUUAGCAGCACUUUUGAUACUAGCACCAUAUAUGAUGCCUCAUUUUCUUCAAUUAACCAUUCAUCCAGGAUAUCUAUGAAAGUGCAAAAAGUCCAGCAAAAACUGGACUCCGUCAUGGAGUCAGUACAGCAGAACACUUCAGAAACGGACCACUAUUUUGCUCAGCCAGGUAUGGUUCCUAUGAUGUCAUUGGAUAUGAAAUGGGAUUCCUCUUUUAGUUCAAUGGGCAGUUACUACUUCAACAGUGCCAGGCCAAAUCUUUUUCUUCCUGCACCAUCACUGCUGUCGCCACACUCCAAGCUGAGGCUCCCAACUACUGUGGGUGCUCAGCUGUUAGCACAGCAGUCGCUGACCACACAGGCUGGUGGAUUCAGUCCUGUGGGACAUCGUUUUAGCAGACCUCCAUCAGUCAAGCUAGAGAAGACUUGUGCAAAUCCUUUAAUAUCCUCAAUCAAAGUAGAAGCUGAUUCCAAUGCACCAGUGGAAGAAACUGUCGUAGCUCUUUAUGACUACACAGCGAAUCGAUCAGAUGAGCUAACCAUCCAGCGUUAUGACAUUAUCCAAGUGCUGUACAAAGAUAAUGCGAGCUGGUGGUUUGGUCGCCUAGCCAAUGGAAAACAGGGCUACUUUCCUGCAAAUUAUGUGGCUAAUGAAAGAAGACCCGAAGAAAUAGAGCCGCAUCAACAAGUCAUCAAUCCUGUGUUUGUACAUGAAGAUGAAGAGGCAGAAGUGAAAUCCCCAACCCCUACCCAGAUGUCAGCAGUCAUCAGCAAGUCAGGGGAACUCAAGUCAAUCUCUGAGCAUGACACAGAUACAGAAUCACCUGUGAAACUUGCAUCACAGAAAAAGAAGAAGAAAGCAGCAUCUCAGUCAUCGGGCAUGACAACUCCUGAAUCCAACUUAAUAGUCACUGAAAGCAAGCCUAAAAUUGAUGCAAGGAUCACAAGUAAGAAAAAAAAGAAGAAAGCUGUGAAAGACCACUGUUCAAGUGGAGGAACUAAUGAUGCUUUUGAGCUGGACUAGAACAACACCUUAAUAAAGAAAUGCGACUCUCGUAAAAAUAAUAAUAUGGGAGAAAGCAAUGGACCUAUCUAUUACUGUUAUAGAGUGAGUUUCAAUAACUUUUUACAGUACAUAACAUGUUGACUGGUUUACAGUAUAGCGCUAGCUUAAUAGAGGUGAUCUUUAACAGUACCAAAAAGUGAAUAUUUUCUUGAAGUAAAGCUUGAGCAACACUACCAAAAAAAUAGGUUUGUUAUGGGAAGGAUUGAUUAAUUUAAUUGAAGGAAAGCACAUUUACUGUGUAUUUUGCUUGCCUCAGCUGCAGUGAUAUUAUUAAUUGGGAACAGAAUGUAUUAUAUUUAAAUAAGCCUUUCUUAUCAGAUUAAAAUUAAUGCCUAUCUUAUAUGUAUUAUAUUUAAAUAAGCCUUUCUUAUCAGAGAUACAAUUAAUAUUUAUAUUAUUUUCAUUUUUUUUAGUACUGGUGAUUGAAGUUAAAUUAACCUCUACGUGUUUCUAUUGUUUGAUGAAGGUCGUCUUUGUUUUUAAUAUUUAUAUUCUAGUUCAUAGUAAUGCAGGAAAUUCAAUGGUUACAGUAUAAUUUAUCUAAACCAUCUUUAAACCAAUCAGAAUUGAACAAAGAGGCAAAUUUCGUAUCUGUCAAGUUUACCUUCAGCCCUCAUUCUUCGAAAAUAACUUAUAUAAGAUAAUGCCAAUUUGUAUGUUUUAAAUAUAAUGGCAGUUUCAGUUUCUGUUUAGCCAAACCAAUCUAUAUUUGGAAAAAGUCAAUUAUUAAAAAUAUGUGCAACUUACGUCGAAUGUACUUUUUCAUAAACGAAGAUUUACUUUUCAGAAGCUUGUAAUAUUUAUUGUCAAGUCAAAAUUUUCACCUAUUAAGUACUGACAUUCAUAAGCUAUGAUUUUUUUGUUUAAAAGUAAUACCAUUUUAGCCUUAAUCAUCAGCUAAAGAAUGUUGUCAUAUGUUACACUGUCAAAUAUUUUUGAAACCCUUCCCACAUUUUUGGCCACUGGAUGUAAUUUUUUUGUAAUUUUUGAGUAUGUGUCUUUUUGAUUAACUUCUUCAGUAGGAAGUGAAAAUGCUUUAAGCAAU